AGACGCUCGUGCUUUCACUGGUCGACUCCGCUAGUGUGCCCACCCUGGUCACUAAACAGAUUUCGACGACCUCAAGGCACAUGGAGCCAUGUCAACACUACCCCAAAUGCUGCUAAGAGGAUGUCCUGCAGCUUAAACUACGCCGGGAUGCGAACCAUCAUUCGACGCCCGGGCCUGCAAACAUGUGGCUUGAAUAUUUAGUCUCCCGCUCUCCCUCCGGGGAACCGUCGGAUUCCUCCCUCCAUCAAUGUGAUCUUCGUUCCCGUUGCACUCCGCACUCUUCUUUCCUAUCACAUUCGUUGGUCGCUGGUUGCCAUGUUUCCGUUUUCAUCAUGGAUGUUUCCUAAUUGGAGUUGGUUUUGCAUCUUCCUGGCCGCUUUCUUGUUCCGCUACAUCAGACUAUGGGUCAACCUAGCCGCGGUAUGGACAUAUACGCCCAUCCAUCCGGUUGACGAACCGAGCAUUACUUCGCAAGAUGUGACCGUCAUCAUCCCAACCGUUGCGGAAGACAUUCAACAAUUGAAAGAGACUGUCCAAACCGCCUACCGCCUGGAGCCUUACGAGCUGCUACUUGUGACGCCCGAUUCCCGCGUGAAGCGGCUUUACCAGAUGGUUGAAGAAAUGGGCUGCCCCAAGAAGAUCCAGGUGCUGUCUGUGAGCCAGGCCAACAAGCGGCGCCAGCUUUCAAGAGCGAUCCCGGAGGUGCAAACCAAGAUUACACUGCUGCUGGACGACGAUGUGUGGUUGCCGGAAAAAUUCAAUAAAUGGAUGCUGGCACCCUUUGAGGAUCCACGCGUGGGUGGCGUGGGAACCAACCAGCAGCUUCGCCGGAGAGAUCGAAACAACAUCUGGGAAUUCCUGGGGGCGAUCUACUUGGUGCGAAGGACUUUCGACUGCACAGCGUGCAAUUGGCUUGACGGUGGACUUCCCUGCCUCUCUGGGCGCGCUGUCGCAUAUCGAUCGGAGAUCCUGCAAGAUCCAAACUUCACCUACGGCUUCACGCACGAAACGUGGGGUAGCGAUCACUUCCUCAACGCCGACGACGACAACUUCAUCACGCGGUGGUUGUUCUCGCACGACUGGAAGAUCCAACUACAAAACCACCGCGAGUGCGAGGUGGAGACGACGCUCGAGCACGACCCCAAGUAUCUGCGGCAGUGCCUGCGGUGGGUGCGUAGCAACUGGAGGAGUAACCUGACGAGCGUGAGCGAGCUGCGCAUGUGGUUGAAUUAUCCUUGGUCCAUGUACGCCGUCUUCCAAACGACGAUUACGCAAUGGGCGUUCCUCUACGAUUGCACGCUGGUGGCACUAUUCUACUGCGCGAUGAAGGAGGCGGGCUACUACACGGACGCGGGCGAGGACCGGCUCUACUCGGAGUACCAGCGGACUCGCAUGCUGCUGUGGGCGUUGUUCGUCGGACACAUGGUGUUCUCCAAAACGAUCAAGCUAGUCCCGCAUCUGUUGCGAAAUCCAGGCGAUGUCCGCUUCGUGCCGGUCUCGAUCCUGUUUGGCUACUUCCACAAUCUCAUCAAACUCUACGGUUGCAUUACCGUGACGGAGACGACAUGGGGCACGCGCGAGGGUGCUGACACGGACGAUAACAUCAGGAUGCUUCCCAUCCCUCCCAUGGCCUCGAUCACGCCGCCGCUUUCCCCUUCGCCGCAUGGACGCAUACUCCGCGAGCGCGGCAGCCUCAUACCGAGCUGCGUGAGCUGAGGUGGUGCCUUCUCGUUUGGUCGGCGGACCCUUGCUAGUCGGAGCGCCGCCUGGCGGCCUAGGGGAGCAGUAAUUUAGACGCUCGACGAUCCGCUGCAUGCAUGGCCCUCGAGGCUCGAUAGAGUCGCUUUCACGCGCGGCGGAUGUUUCUCUGGUACUGUUGUUGUGUUUUGACAGGAUUAGCGACGGGAGUUGCUUCGGGCACUAAAAGGACGGGACGGAUACACGGCGUUCAACAGGCGUUUUGCGGGUCCGCGGACUCUGCGAUGAUGAUCAAAAUUGUAGCGUUCUUGAGGUUUUGGCAUGCUGGGAUGGCGACCAUGUAGUCUAUGCAAAAAGCACCGGCGCGAUGCGCGCUUCCCCAUCAGUGCUGGCCCCCCGCAAGCUGGAUGUGCCCUCACUCACGCUCUCACUGUCAUCCAGCGUCGCUCCACU